UGAUAACGGUUCUUCAUUCUCUCAUCGGUCAUUACCGAGACUGAUGUUCCUACUGUUUUUAGUGGGUUGUUGCCGCUGUAGGUUGCUGGUGCCUCGUGCGUUUUUUUUUUCUGCCGACGCGUAUGACGAUUAGAAAUUCGAAUGAUGUAGGCGUACUUGGGAAACGUCUUCCACGCGCAUUGAAUAUUAUCUUGGGAAUUCGUUUUUCGUUAGUCCGUGUUUGUGCACUUGCGAUGUGAACAAAAAAUUAUGGAUCCCUCGAAUAGGUAGCCGACAUGAAGUCAUCUGUUCAUCUGAGACUUCAAUCGUUUUGUAUGGUAUAACUGUUUGAUACGAUCAUGUUGGUUGCAUACUUGUUGUUGGUAUCGACUCUUUUUUUCGAAGUCUUGAUUUGCAAUGCACGAGAUGAUUAUUGCAAAAAAUGUGGAUGUCUCGGUAUGUUUGUGGACUGUAGCAAAAGAAUGAUUACCACAAUUCCAGAAGGAUUGCCUCUAUGGAUUGAAAGUUUGGAUUUGAGUUUAAAUAAGAUUCAUGGAAGUUUGACAAUCAACACCAAUAAUUACUCACAACUAACAGCAUUGACACUUAGUAAGAAUUCAAUUUCAUCUUUUCCUAUCUUCGUAAACAAAUCAAUUAUCAAUAAUUUAAAUUUAGCACAUAACAAAAUAAAAAAAUUGGAGGGUUUAGAAAAUUUACCCAACUUAAAAAAUUUGGACAUGAGCAAAAAUAAAUUAGUAUUUUUGGAUGAUAAUUCUUUUAUACAAUCUACACAUUUGAAAACUCUAAAUCUCAACAAUAAUUUGAUCACCAACUUAAGCGCAAAUUGCUUUGACACAUUGACAAAUUUGGGAGAGUUGAAAAUAUCCCAUAAUAAGCUGGACAAUUUACCUGUUGGAUUAUUCAAAAAACUUAAAAAUCUUGAAUUACUCGAUUUAAGUAGAAAUCAUAUAACUGUCAUUCAUGGUUUAUUAUUUAUGGACUUGGUAAAUUUGAAAACAAUAAUACUUCGACAUAAUUUUAUUGAAGAUUUGCAAGAUGGUUCAUUUUUCGGCUUGAUCAAUUUACAAUCAUUACAUCUAGAAAAUAAUAAUAUAAGCAAAAUAUMCAAAGGUUGGUUAUAUGGAUUACAAUCACUUAUCUACUUAAAUAUAAGUUAUAACAGAAUAGAUCAAAUAAAAAGUGGAUGGGAAUAUUGUGCUGAACUUGAAGAAUUGGAUUUGUCUUAUAAUAAACUACAGUACAUUGAAAAGAGUAAUUUAGAAAAUUUAAGGAAAUUACGUAAGCUACAUUUAAAUAAUAAUAGAUUAUCAUUCAUUGAAGAAGGAUCAUUUAAUAAUACACCAAUGAUCCGAUCACUUCAAAUGGAUCACAACUAUUUGUCGUGGCUAAUUGAAGAUGCAAAAGAAACUUUUAUUGGUCUAAGAAAUUUGAAAAAAUUAAGUUUAGCUAAUAACAAAAUAUUGUUCAUUAAAAAAGAAGCCUUCACUGGCUUAGACAAUUUAGAUGAAUUAAAUUUACUUCAAAAUAAUGUCCUAGAAAUUCAGGAUGAAGCAUUCAAAUUUAUGCCUAACCUUGUACAUCUUUAUUUAAAUAGUUCUUCACUAGUAUGUGAUUGCUCAAUGGCCUGGCUCAAACAACCAAAUGUAUUUGAGAAUUUACCAUUUGAUUACAUAAAUGCGUUUUGUGGCUUCCCAGAUAUAAACAAAGGAAAAAAUUUGAAAGAAAUUUCCUUAACAGACUUUGUUUGUCUCCAAAGCAGUCCAAAACCUAUGAUAAUAUUUCAUCCGGAAUCAAAAAUGGUUCUUGAACGGCAAAAUAUUACCUUAAAAUGUGGAGUUAAUUCUUCAUCAGGUGAAAAAAUUAAUUUUGUUUGGAAAAAAGAUAAUCACGAUUUAGACUUGAUUUCUACUAAUCAUUACUCAUCUAUUGAGUCCAAUGGUAUGACACAAUUUUCCAUUUUGAACUUGUAUAAUAUAUCAAUGUCACAAAGUGGUAAAUAUCAAUGUGUUGCUUCCAAUGAAUUUGGCAUCACUUAUUCUAAUCGUUCAAUUUUAUCAGUUGUUGUUUAUCCAUUUUUCGCUAAAGUCCCUGGAAAUAGUUCAGUAAAGACAGGCCUCACUGCUAAGUUAGAAUGUGCUGCAAAUGGUUAUCCAGCACCUCAAAUAUCUUGGCGAAAAGAUGGUGGAACUGAUUUUCCUGCAGCACUAGAGCGCCGUUUGAAAGUUAUGGCUAGGGAUGAUGUAUUUUUAAUUGUCGAUGUAAAAUUAGUUGAUAUGGGCAUAUAUAGUUGUACUGCCAAAAAUGUUGCUGGAAUGAUUGCUGCAAAUGCAACACUUAAUGUUUUAGAACCUCCUUGGUUUAAAAGUGAAAUGUCUGACAAACAAGUAAGGGUUGGUGAAGAAGUCGUUUUAGAAUGUUUAAGUAAUGGAUCUCCAAAACCUAAAAUAAGAUGGAUUAAAGACGGCAUUUCUCUUACCUUGAGUAACAGACAUUUUUUCACCGCCGAAAAUCAACUUUUAGUUAUUAUGGAAGCAAAUACAGACGAUUCGGGCACUUAUCAAUGUGAAAUAACUAAUUCUUUAGGAGUAAAUAGUCAAAAAGCUGAUAUUCUAGUUAUGCCAUUGUAUCGCAGUUUAAUUCAUGAAUAUACUCUUGGAUUGAUCGUCAUUGCAAUAAUUGUAUGCAUAGUGAUUAUAUCAGCAAUUUGGGUAUUAUUUGUUUAUAAAGCCAGGCGCCCUUCUCCAAAUUUAAUAAAUAGUGCUGAUAACAAAUCAUUGGAUUCUUCAAACAGCAAGGACAGUGGUACCGGGGAAUCCACUAAAAGAAGUCAAGAACAAUUAUUUAAUGAAUGUUUGAAUGAUGGUCCAAAAUUGAAUAAUAAUGUAGGCAAUUUAUCACCUGAUAUAAAUUUGCCGUUACUUACACAUGCUUCUGUUAUUUUGGGCGAGAAUUCAGUCACAUACAGAAAUUCAAAAACAGCUACUCCGCCCGCCCAAUCACCAAUUCAAGAACCACAUGGAAUUGUUGAAGAUUCAAUGAAAUGUAUUGAUAUCUCUGAAAGACCUUGCUCCACACCCGUUCUUCCGCCAAGCGAAGCUCUGGAUUCACCACCAAUUGUUCAAAACUAAAGUUCCCAUAUAGGCUCAUACAGCCUACUGAUGAUCCUUGUUAGUUCAUCAUUUGAUCUGAUUAUUUUUUAGCUGCCUAUGGUAUUAUAUAUAAUGUAUAUAUAUAUAUUUUUUAUUAUUCCAAUUUAAUCCUACUUAGAUAAUGAAAUGUCAAAAUGGUUCCUGUCUUUAAUUUUUAUUUUUAAUAACUUUAAGAUUCUUUUAUGUAAGUAUAUUAACAGGAUAAUGUAAAUAAUUUUAUUUUAUUUAAACCCUUGGCAUAGAUAGUUUAUUUAAAAUGAAUUAUAUUUAUUGAGAUUGCCAUUUCCAUAAGCUAACUCAAUUAUAAAAAUGAAUUUGUAUGUAUUACUGUUAAAAUGCUUUCAAUAUCUUACAUGUAUUGUUGUUAAACUUUAUAUGACCAUUAAUAGCAUGUACCUGAAUUUUUAAACAUCUAUUGAUGGUUAAUUAACAAUUUAAUUACCUACUACUAAAUUAUUACACACUACCUUAAACUCUCGAUUAUCUGUGGUUUUCGGCUGAACUACAAGAAUUAUGUAAAUAAAGUAAACACAUUUAUACUAUAUAAAAAAUUAUAAGAGAACAUCCCAAUUUUUAAAACAUUUGCCCCGGAAAGCUAUAUUGUUAUGUACCAAUCCUGUUUCAUUCAAGGAUUUUUAAAU